AAUACAGUACGUCAGAAAUCAUUUUUAUAUCUAAUAUAGUCAUAAGAUGAUGCUAUAGCUAAAUGUGAAAGUCACAUGACAUUAGCACCCUUUUGCGGAAAUCCAGAACAUCCCCCGACUUUGAUGGACUUUCACAGCAAUUUGUGCGUGACAUGAAAAAAUGUCACAUCCUCCAAAUUGAAAAAUGAAAUUAUUGAAUGUCAAGCAUAUUCAUAAUAGACUGAGCAUCUAAAGCAUUUAUUUUUGCAUCCCUAUUUCAGCUUCAGUUCUGAUUUUAACAAAUGUACUAAUUAAAUAUUCUUUGCUUUUUUACUGCAAAGCAAAGACAGAAUAAUAUUUGAUACCAACCCGGGAGUCCUAUGAUCCGCCUUGCAUAUCAAAGCCGCCUGAUAUUCAGAAUACUUUACAACAUACUAUUUAGAUGAAGAAAAUUGAUCAUGCAUUGUUUACAUUGUUUUUUAACUAAGGCCAAAAAUAAAAAAAAUUUUCUUACUGAGAUAUCUAAUUUAAAAGAUUUCAUUACAUUUGCAAUUAUCCAUUUGCCACAUGCUUUUAUCCAAAAGCCUAUACAUUUGAUCAGUAUUUUGGUCCUUUACUGAAUCAAACCCAUAAACUUUUGCACUGCUUGUGCGACGCUCUACAACUGGCAAACAGAAAGAGUAGUGUUAAUGUGGAGUUGACUGCUGACUAAAAGGACAUCCUGUUUUAGUUCCUCUGUGAUGCGUAGACUGAUAUAUGAGAGUGUGAAAGUGUAGUUAUUUAGUAUCUUAGCAUACUGUAUCAGUUUGCACGAUUUCCAAAUGAGUUUUGAGUAGAAUUCAAGAUGAACACCUCACAUUUGAACAGCAGCAACACAAGUCACACGUGUUCUCCUAAGCCUGAGCACAUUUCUCUUGCUGUAAUCCUCUGUCUGGUUUAUCUGUUGGGACUUCUGCUUAAUGGCUUCAGCCUGUGGGUUUUCACCUGUCGCAUUCGCAAGUGGAACUCUGGAGCUGUUUUGCAGUUCAAUCUGGCUCUAUCUGAUGCCAUCAUCACUCCCCUCACCCCUCUGAUGGCAGUAUACUUCGCCAUGGAUAGCAACUGGAUUUUUGGAAAAUUUGCAUGCCAGCUGAAGAUCGCCGUCCUGACUAUACACUUCAAUGGCAGCAUCCUCUUCCUCACCCUUAUAAGCAUUCAUCGCUACGUGACUGUGGUGCACUAUAAUCGCUCAUCACUUAUGAAAAAAAAGAUGUUUGUGAAGAAACUUUGUGGUGGGAUCUGGUGUUUUCUAAUCAUAAAUGGCAUCAUUUACGGAUGGCUACUUCCGGUGACUAAUGUGGACAACCAUAUGCAGUGUCUGAGCAUUCAUCAGACAAAGUUAAAGGACUCAUACUUUAUUAUUAAUUUUGUGAUUUUUAUCUUCUGCUGUAUUUUACCCUUAUCUGUGUCUGUGUUUUGCUACAGUCGUCUGGCCAGCUCAGUAUCCCGUAUUAACAUUCAGUCUACUCAGGGUCAGUCCGUCAAAGCCAAAUCAAUGAAGAUGAUAGGCACCUGUUUGGUCAUAUUUGGACUCUGUUUUCUUCCUCUAAAUGUGGUUCGGACCAUAGCAGUGGUUGUGAAAAAGUAUUACCCUGAGAAAUGCAGACUUCUGUUGGGGUUGCAAACAGCAUAUUACGUGUGUUAUAUAUUAGCAGGAAUCAAUUGUUGCUUAGACCCUCUGAUCUACUUUUUUGGCUCACGUGAUUUCAUUAAAGCGUUAAGGAGAUCUCUUAGGACAAUAGGGAUCAGACAGAAAGUUAAUAACAGAAGUGAAUCAGAGACAUUAAGCCAAAGUUUAAACAGAAACGCCAUUCAAGGGGUGGUUCCCCGGGCAGGGAUUAGCUUAAGCCAGGACUAGGCCUUAGUUUAAUUAGGACAUAUAACUAGUUUUACUACAAAACAUUACUGGCGUGCAUUUUGAGACAAAACGAAGGGCACUGAUGUAUUUUAAGAUAUGUCAGUGCAAGUUGUUUUCAGUUUGAACAGCUCUGACAUUAAUUUUAGUCUAGGACUAGUCUAAUCCCUGUCCGGAAAACCGCCCCUAUAAAUCUUAGUAAAUUUAAAGUGUGAUUUGCUUCUUGUCAAGCAUUUGAAGUACUGCAAAACUACAAUUAGUUUUACUGGUCACAUACAACUCUCCCCACAGAAUACAAUCCAAUUAUAUAGAAUAAAAAUAUGACGUUUUGUUGUUAUUACCAAAUAAUAUAGUAAAAUUCCUUAUUAUUUUUGACAAUAUUGUGAAUUUUACACCAUGAAUUGUUAUACUCCAUGUUUAAAUUCAUUUAACUGAAGUAGCCUAUUACCCCCAAAAUUUUGAAGUUCCCGUUCUUUCUGUGUUUUGAAGCUUUGAUUGUGUUUACAGUGCGCAAUAAAACAUGUGUUCAUGUUUAACGUGUAAAAAAAACACGGUAUUUUUCACACAAUUUACUUAUCUGUAGCGCUGUUUUCACUGUCCUUAAAACGGGCUGAUGUCUUCCUUUUUCUAUGAAAUCCCUCCUUCAGAAAUACGUAACGAGUUCUGAUUGUGUAGUAUGUUUAGUGUGUUGUGAUUCGACAGCAGCUUAGCUUGCCGUUAGCUUAGCUGGCAACUGACGUAUUCCUGUGGGAGGAGGUUAGUCAAAAAACGUAUCUACUGACGUCAUUAAAGCAGGAAGUAUAGGGUUGUAGUCCAAACCGGCCGUUCGUUGUAGGCUUUGAAUGGGGAAAUCUGUUAAAGAAAAUUUGACGCCUGGCAGUGAAGUUUAAGCUUUAUCGUUUUACAGGUAUUAUUUAUGCUAUUAUAGCAAAAUUUCACACUAACUAGUGUUUAAAAAAUGGGAUCAGGAAGAAUGUGACCUUUAAGUAAAUAUUACAAUAAUUUAAUAGCACAUUUUCAUGUUUAACAAAAACUUUUAUUUUUUAUCCAUUCUAAAGUUUUUAUCAGUUGUAUUUUACAUAGUUAUUAGUACUUGGACCUUACUAUUACCUGUUGGA